AUGGGGCCACAUCAGCUGAUUUUAGAGGAGGAGGAGGACGCGUCAGAUGAGUUGGAGGAGCCUGCAGGAGAAGGGCCUGCCAUUUCCACAGGCAGCCCUGGCCCAUUGUCCCUUCCAUCUCUGACACAUGAGCUGGGGCAGAGGUUGCUGUCCUGCCUUACCCAGCCCAUGCCUCCCGACCUCACCUGGCAGGCUUGGGGCCUCUGGACUGCUGUUUCCAUCCUCUUUUCAGUCUCCUUGCUUCUGGGCUGGAAUCUCAUCUUCUAUUCCACUCUAGAGGUGGUCACCUUCACCAGCCCUCCGUGGCAGCGAGCUUCAGGGAGAGAGAACCAAGUGUGUGAAGGCGGCACGGCUGUUCCAGCAGAGCUGGCUGAGCUACUAAUAAGGAUCAGUUAUUUGAGUUCUCACUUCCCAGCCUCGGAAAGCCACCCAGGUGAAUGCUGUAAGAACCAGUGUGUGAUUGGUCGUGUUCUGUCUUCCUCUCUUUCUACCACAAGAACAAGCAUUAAGAUGCAGGCUGCUCCAUCACCCCUCCAAUCUGCCGUGGACAUGUGCCGUGCAUGCCAUGUUUUUUUUCUACAUGGCAAAGGGAAAUCGGCUCUUGAAUUUUCUUUAUUGAAAUCCUGUCUUUGUUGA